AUGACUAGCAAUCUACUACCGUCUAGGACACUUCUAGAUGUCACCUUGACCCGUCAAUUACGCAUACCAUCCGCUCGAUACUUAUCUACAACUUCGCUCAGACCCUCAAAAGCUGAAGACCCUGAGAAAUCCAAGCCCAAGCAAGAGCAAAGUGAUCAGACAUCCAAGACCACUGCCCCAACCGACGGAAACAAGCGCCACACGCUACCACCCAAGCCCCAAACCGUCUCCCAAGCCGACGCCGAGCUCCGCGAGCGCCUCGAACAAAUGUCCGGAGAAGGAGGAGCCUCCGGAAUCGAAUACGAAGACGGGAAAGCAAAUGCCAUGAAGCGCGGAGUACGGAACAAUAUGUUCCGAGUGAUAUGA